AAGAGUCACAGAAAAGUGCUGAUAUUGCUGUAUUGCUUCGCGUUCCCAUCCCGGCAGAUCAUCCGAUGUCCCGUGUAACGAAAAUUAAGCACGUCCUCAAGGAGCAGGAAGCGGACGAGUUCGAUGUGCCGAAGGAAAACCAAAGCAUUGUGCGUAUCGUCGCCAGCCGCGGCAACAACCUGCACGAAGUGGAAACGGCGCAGGAGGGCGAAGAACGGUUCCUGGUGUCGAUGCCGGUAAAGUUCCGCAAAAAUGUGUGGAUCAAGCGCGGCGACUUUGUGCUGGUGGAACCGAUCGAGGAGGGCAACAAAGUGAAGGCCGAAAUCUGCCGGAUACUGACGCCGGAGCACAUCAAGGUAUUCGAGCAAGAGGGCGUUUGGCCGCGAAAGUUCAGCAAAAAGCGCGAAUUGGAGGAAGACGUGGAUGAGGACGGUCUCGUGCGGAACACGAACCGGAAAUACGUCACACAGCACGACUCCGAAGACGAUGAUAGCGAGGCGGAUGAUGGGGACGAAGACGUCGACGACGAGCUGGAAGAGGAUAGCAGCCGCGAUGAGAAGCAACGUCAAACUGAACGAUGAAUCGGUAGUAAUUUGCAUCAAUACGUUUAUUUUGUUAAAGAUUUAGAGGAUAGAAGUAUCAAAAAACGACUAAAGAUACCCAAUAUCUGUACAUUUGUGAUGCAUGCUUGA